AUGAGUGAAGGCCAGCGGUUUCAGCUGGGAACGAUUGGGGCUCUGUCUUUGUCUGUGGUUUCGUCGGUGUCCAUUGUGAUUUGUAACAAGGCGCUUAUUAGCACUCUUGGUUUCACUUUUGCUACAACUUUGACAAGCUGGCAUCUUCUGGUCACAUUUUGUUCUCUUCAUGUGGCAUUAUGGAUGAAUUUGUUUGAGCACAAGCCUUUUGAUCCAAGAGCUGUCAUGGGCUUUGGCAUCCUAAAUGGGACAUCCAUUGGACUUCUAAAUCUUAGCCUGGGUUUCAACUCUGUUGGUUUCUACCAGAUGACAAAACUGGCUAUCAUCCCCUGUACAGUUCUUUUAGAGACUCUUUUCUUCAGGAAGAUAUUCAGGUUAAGUCUUCAUUUCAAUCUUUCCCUUACUGUGGCAAGCAUGUUUCCUGAUCUUAAGAAGGAUUCUCAAGUCUAUGCAGAUGGAAAUGUGCCAGAUACCUUGGGCCUUGUUUCAGGCAUAUGUCCAAUAGUAUUUGAGAGUAGGAAUGUCCAGCUUUCUCUUACCAUCCUUCUUUUGGGUGUUGGAAUUGCAACAGUGACUGAUCUGCAGCUCAAUGCCCUUGGUUCAGUCUUAUCUAUGCUUGCGGUUGUCACAACCUGUGUUGCCCAGAUUGUAUCCUUGGCUGAAACCUUAACCAGUGGCUCUCAGAUGACCAAUACCAUCCAGAAAAAGUUCAAAGUUUCUUCAACCCAGCUCCUGUAUCAAUCUUGCCCCUACCAGGCAAUCACUCUGUUCAUCUCUGGACCAUUUGUAGAUGGGCUGUUGACGAAUCAGAAUGUCUUUGCUUUCAAAUAUACCCCUCAAGUGCUGGCAUUCAUUGUUCUAUCCUGCCUAAUUUCAGUCUCGGUGAACUUUAGUACCUUUUUGGUUAUUGGAAAAACAUCUCCAGUCACCUACCAAGUCCUAGGACAUUUGAAAACAUGCCUAGUUUUAGCCUUUGGAUACAUUCUCCUCCACGAUCCAUUUAGCUGGCGAAACAUUUUAGGGAUCCUGGUUGCUGUGGUUGGGAUGAUAAUUUAUUCUUAUUGUUGUGCUAUUGAGAGCCAGCAAAAAGCCAGUGAAGCAUUGCCACAGUUGUCCCAGGCAAAGGAAAGUGAAUCUGAUCCUCUCAUAAGUGUAGAAAAUGGAUCUAGCAUCCUAAAUGACGGUGUUACAAAAGCCCCUGCGUGGAAUUCGAACAAGGACUUGCUUGCAUAA